AUGGCACCCAGCCGAAAUGGCAUGCUUUUGAACCCCCACUUCCACAAAGACUGGCAGACGAGGGUGCGCACCUGGUUCAACCAGCCUGCAAGGAAGACUCGCAGGUAGCCCUUGAUUAGUUACUUUGGUUAAGUAUAGUAUAAUGGUUGGAUAAAUGCUAACGUUUGGUUGAAGUGUCUGACGUUUCAAACGUCCACUGUAUGCAAACCUAACAGCUAUUAACUAACAUGCUUAUGUGACGUACCUAGUUGGUUAACUAGCUGUAUGGAUUGAAUGAUGGCUAUGGUGUAAUUCUGGUGUGUAGCUGUGCAAGACAUGCCUGCGGCUGUAUGGAUGUGAUGGAGAUCAUUCAAAUAUAACUUGCUAUAUAUGAACAGAGUAUUUGUUUUUCAGGCGAAAGGCCCGUCAGAUCAAGGCUCGUCGUAUUGCUCCACGUCCUGUGGCCGGACCCCUUAGGCCUCAAGUCAGGUGUCCCACCAUCAGGUAUCACACCAAGGUGCGCGCCGGACGUGGCUUCACCCUGGAGGAGCUCAAGGUAAAAGGAAUAUUAACAGUACAUUUACCUUUUGAAUAAUAUCCUUCCGGUUUAGGUAGUGUUGGUACAUUAUGUAAGACUGAACAGAGUGAAAGACCGGUGUGAAUUUAUUGGAUAUUUUAGCUUGCUGACUACUAAAACCGUUUACAGCAGUCAAGUGUUGACAAAUCUCCGGAAUCUCUGCACCUCCUUGAUGAUUCAAUUUGAACCUAUUUGCUGAUGUCUGCUUGAUUUAAUAUGUUGUGCAUCUUAAAAAACUCAAUUAAAGUUAGUCAAUUGAGUAAUAAUAUGGGACUCAAGCCAGUUAUUAACCAAUUUUAUUUUUUACAUGCUUUUUGCCUGAAUGUAGCAAAUCUACUUGUAUUGAUUUAUGUGCAAGCCUUCACACUUCUAAAAGUCCAGGCAUGGUUAGCAACUAAAUGUCUAACAUUCCUCAAAUAUUUGGUUCACUGUCUUGCAUGUGCUUUGUGUAUUCCAGGCCGCCGGUAUCCACAAGAAGACAGCCCGCACAAUUGGCAUCUCGGUUGACUCCCGCCGUCGCAACAGGUCAUCGGAGUCCCUGCAGGCCAAUGUACAGCGCCUGAAGGAGUACCGCUCCAAGCUCAUCCUCUUCCCCAGGAAGGCCUCCACACCCAAGAAGGGAGACAGCACUGUAAGUGUCAGUCAUAGAACAUUGGGUUGAGUGUUUAUAAACAUAUGGGCACGCAUAACCAUAUUGUCAAAUGAUUCAAAGUGAUUGCCUAAUUUGAGGGUCAGAUUAUAAACAUUUGCAGUGUGACGAUUUCAGCAGUCAUGCAUAACAUUCCCUGUUAAAAGUGAUUUCAGAAAAUUUGCUCAUAAAUGGAGCAAUGAGUGAAAUUGUGAUGAGGAAACCUGGAUUGUGAGCAGCACUGGGCCAGCAGUCAAGUGAUGACAAAUUCUCCGGAAUCUCUGUAUUACCUUGAUGAUUACCUUUGAACCUAUUAUCUGAUGACUGCUGGUUUCAUGUGUCCAGUGCCCAUUCUGUAGUUUCUGGAAUGACCUGUUAGCAAAGACAUUUUGGAGUUAAGGUGUGGAAAUUGGGCUUCAAGCUAGUCUGUGGAGACUUUGAGAAGUUUUUACUGCAUUUUGUGCUGUCUUAGACAUAUUGGUGGACAGUGUUGGAAUGUCAUUAAAAAUAUUGUUUACACAUAACAGCUCUGCAUGGUUAUCUGGACUACAACUUAUGGGACUACUUUGUUUACGUGCGCCAUUGUAGUUUUAGAAUCAGUUGGUGGUGUGCAAUUAAAUGUUUGAAAUGUCUUCUCUUCACCCCAGUAGCGUUUUAGAUUGACUGCACCGUCUUGAAUGUGCUCAUGGUAGAUGUUACUUUUCCUGCGCGUAUUAAAACCUUUCCCUUUCUCCAGGAGGAGGAACUCAAGAUGGCCACGCAGCUCUCUGGGGCUGUCAUGCCCAUCAAGAAUGUACGUAUCACUCAAUUCACCCAAAAAAUGGUCAUAAUUGGAGGAUGUAAGAUUAGUAUCUUGAGUAUAUGUAUUGAAUACAUUGUUAGAGCUCUUUCAGCAGUCAAGUGAUGACAAAUUCUCCGGAAUCUCUGUAUUACCUUGAUGAUUCUCUUUGAACCUAUUAUCUGAUGACUGCCAGAUUGUGUGCUGUGCCUUAACUUACAGACGUGGACACAUAAAUAAUUCAAUAAUUGAGUAAUAACAUGGGACUCGAGCCUAAUCCAUUAAUUGUAUUUUACUUUCUCUUUGUCUGAAAUGCCCUCUACUAGCCCUUCUAUUCUUGAGUGUAUCUUUACAUCAACUGGUUGUAAUUGGGGUCUUCUCCCUGUGCUGCAGGUGCAUAAGAAGGAGAAGGCCAGGGUGAUUUCUGAAGAUGAGAAGAACUUCAAGGCUUUCGCCAGCCUGCGUAUGGCCCGUGCCAAUGCUCGUCUCUUCGGUAUCCGUGCCAAGAGGGCAAAGGAGGCGGAAGCAGAGAGUAUUGACAAGAAGAAAUAA